GAGAUGUUAGGCCACACCCAGCUAAAAUUUCUAGGCCAUGUGGUUUCAGAUAUGCAAGUACAUGAAGCUCGAAGUAUAUGAAAGAAACAACACUCCACUAUGGCAUCAUCUAAAGUUAGCUUCAAGAUUACUUUGACCUCUGACCCAAAGCUUCCCUACAAAGUGCUAAGUGUACCAGAAAGCACUCCUUUUACAGCCGUCCUCAAGUUUGCUGCUGAAGAGUUCAAAGUCCCACCAGCUACCAGUGCAAUCAUUACCAACGAUGGUAUAGGAAUCAACCCGUCCCAAACAGCCGGUACUAUUUUCUUGAAGCAUGGCUCAGAGCUUCGUCUCAUUCCAAGGGACAGAGUUGGAAGAACAGAGUAGUCUUCUAGAUCACACUCUAUAAUUAUGGCAUUUUGAUGUUUUCACAAAAAAGUUUUACAGAGAAUGGAAUUAUCAUUAAUAUUA